AUGUUCCUCCUCGUCGGCCGCUCUUGCCCACGUCAGACCGCUUUCCUCGUCGCCCGCGCUUUCCCUCAUUACCCUCCCCGACCCUCUGGUCGCAUAUGUUCCGGUAGUUGCCCUCGCUCUCCCACGUUAACCACACAUCCCCUCGUCGCAAUUGCUAGUAGUAAACAUACCGCGCUUCAGAUCGUCACCCGCGCUCCCCUCAUCACCCUCGUCGACCCACACCGAUCCUCGCCGCCCUCACCUCCCUUGGUCACCGACAUUCCCUCUCGUCGCUCGCGCUUCCCCUCAUCACCCGUGCCGACCCUCGCCGCCCUCGCCUCCCCUCGUCGCCCGCGCGUCCCGUCGUCGGGCUUACCUCCCAGUCACUCGCGCUUCCCCUCAUCAUCCGCAUGGGGAGGAACAGAUGGGGAGAAACAGAGGUGGUCGCUUCCGCCACCACAAUCGAACAGCGUUUUGAUUCCCUCUCUACUCCCCACCAUCCUCCCCCCAGCUCUCUCCCCGGCACGCUUCACCCCAUCCCCUUCCGUGCUUCCCCCCAUCCCCUCCCCUGCUUCCCCCCAUCCCCUCCCCUGCUUCCCCCCAUCCCCUUCCCUGCUUCCCCCCUUCCCUUUCCCUGCUUCACCCCAUCCCCUCCCCUGCUUCCCCCCAUCCCGUCCCGUGCUUCGCCCCAUCCCCUUCCCUGCUUCCCCCCAUCCCCUUCCCUGCUUCACCCCAUCCCCCUCCCUGCUUCCCCCCAUCCCCCUCCCUGCUUCCCCCCAUCCCCUUCCCUGCUUCCCCCCUUCCCUUUCCCUGCUUCACCCCAUCCCCUCCCCUGCUUCCCCCCAUCCCGUCCCGUGCUUCCCCCCAUCCCCUUCCCUGCUUCCCCCCAUCCCCUUCCCUGCUUCCCCCCAUCCCCUUCCCUGCUUCCCCCCAUCCCCUUCCCUGCUUCCCCCCUUCCCUUUCCCUGCUUCACCCCAUCCCCUCCCCUGCUUCCCCCCAUCCCGUCCCGUGCUUCCCCCCAUCCCCUUCCCUGCUUCCCCCCAUCCCUGCUUCCCCCCAUCCCCUUCCCUGCUUCCCCCCAUCCCCUUCCCUGCUUCCCCUCAUCCCCUUCCCUGCUUCCCCUCGUCCCUUCCCCUGCUUCCCCCCAUCCCCUUCCCUGCUUCCCCCCAUCCCCUUCCCUGCUUCCCCCCAUCCCCUUCCCUCCUUCCCCUCCUGCUGCCUCCCAUCACUCUCAUUCUCCUUCCUCCCGCACUCACACCUCUCAGUCCUCUCGCACUCUCUCUCUCCGUCCUCUCGCUCUUGCACUCUCCUCCCCACCACCCUCAGCCCUCCUUCCCCUCACACCCACCCAUGUUCCCACCUGCCCUCCCCAUCCUUGCCUUUCCCUCCCUGCCCUGCCCUUCCCUUCUCCAUCCCUUCUCAAACCUUCCCUUUCAUGUCAUGCCCUCACCUUCCCCCUCAUCUUCCGCCCUCUAG